AGUUGGGUAAUAUAGAAUAUAGUAGAGGUGGAUAGAGGUGAAGCGGAGGGUGCGGCGGCGGACGCUGCCUCUGUCCGGGACAACACGGCGCCGCCACCAUGGGAAAGCCACGUGGACUCCGCACUGCCCGCAAGCAUGUAAACCACCGUCGUGAACAAAGGUGGCAUGACAAGGACUACAAGAAGGCACAUUUGGGUACAAGAUGGAAGGCUAAUCCAUUCGGAGGAGCUUCCCAUGCCAAAGGGAUCGUUUUGGAAAAGAUUGGUAUUGAAGCCAAACAGCCCAACUCUGCUAUCCGCAAAUGUGUGCGUGUGCAGCUCAUCAAAAAUGGCAAGAAAAUCUCUGCUUUUGUGCCCCGUGAUGGUUGCCUAAACUACAUUGAGGAAAAUGACGAGGUGUUGGUGGCUGGAUUUGGUCGUAAGGGCCAUGCUGUUGGUGAUAUUCCAGGUAUCCGAUUCAAGGUGGUGAAGGUUGCCAACGUAUCUCUGCUUGCCCUCUACAAGGAGAAGAAAGAGAGGCCCCGUUCUUAAAGUACCUUUAAUAAAAAAAAAAAUACUA